AUGUACUACGCGGGGCAGUGGCUAUCUGUGAUCACCUCCCCCGGCUACCCGUUCGAGUUCUCCAACCAGCUCAACUGCCAGUACCAAAUCAGCGCCUUCAACAACUAUGCUAACGUUGAAAUCAGCGUCAUUAGGGCAUUGAACGACUUCAACCUGAACGUCUUCGACGGCUUCGACCGCACCAAGCCGCUGUGGCAAGAGGGCAACUUCAACCCGAGGACCUACACCUUGACGCUGAGCGCGAGCUCGCCACAGAUUAUGGUCACCUGGUACAACAGCGGAGACAACAACAUUCAGCCUUUCACUAUUCACUACUCCGGAACCUCAACCCCUCUCUACGUCAACCCGACUCCAAUGGCCGCCGUCAAGAAGCAG